GGAAAUCGGAAACAGAUAAGGGAGAACGUGAACUUAGAAUUCAGAGCUAAAUUCUAAAACGGGCGAAAAAAGAGGCCAAUUGAUGGACGUCUAAUCUAAUCUAAUUAGUUUAGUUAGGUAUUAACCCGACGACCAUUUUCCUCCUCCCUUUGACCUCUUCCUCCUCACUUUCUACUGUUCUACCAAGAAUCCAAAUUUGAAUUCGGUGAUUUUCCUGCAAAAAAUUCCAACUACCAAUUUCAAUUUUUUUUUCACCUAUCUUCUUGUCUCCUUGUACUUUACAUUAAUUUACUGCCGUUAGGGUGCUUUAAAAUUCAAAUUUGGUCCGUGGACUAUCCUAGAUUUGUUCUGAUUAGGGAUUUCUAUCGCGAAUCAAGCUGAGCUAGGUUAUCGAUGAUGCUUCAAGCUGUUGUUUUUGAUCGUAUGCAGUUUUUUUUUAAUUAUUUAACUGGUAUGAAACAGGAAUUUGUAACGGAGAAAAUGUGCCAUCAGAAUUGUGGCGUGGAGCAUUUGUCCGUAGAAGAGGCAAUUGCAGCUGAUGAGAGUCUACUUAUUUACUGCAAGCCUGUUGAGCUUUACAAUAUCCUUCGCCGCCGUGCUCAAGACAACCCUUCAUUUCUUCGAAGAUGUUUGCGUUACAAAAUAAAAGAAAGGCGUAAAAAGAGGUUAAGAGAUGGAAUUGUAAUUUUCAACUACAAGGACUACAAGAACAUGCUACGAAAGACUGAAGGUUAUUCCGACUCUUCUGCGUAAUGCUUUUAAGAUUUUGUCCUUGCAUGUUACUUGUUUUCUCUGUGUUUGUUUUAUUUUUUUGUGGAUUGCUGGUAAACUUUUAAGAUUCAUGUUCUACUGACUAAAUUUGUCCCACCAUGAUUUUCUAAAGUAAAAUUGU